CACUUAACCCCCGACCAGGACGAGUCUUUCUUCUGUUUUCUCCCAGGAGCCAAGCCCUUUGAAGACAAAAGGUGUAACGGGACAAUCCUCUGCCUCCUCUGUCAUCAGAGUUCAUCUGACCUCUCCUUCAGUUUGAGACCAUGGACACAGGUGCGGCGGUGACUCUUCUGGCUCUGGCGUUGGCGAUGGCUGGCGUCAGUCAGGCUCUUCACGUCCAAGGCAGUCUGGACAAAAAUGACGUGCUGCCAGGCUCAGAGGAGAACAUGGCCGACCACCUGCUGGGGCUGGAGAGUGAAAACACAGAUAACAGCGUUGAUGAUCGUCUGCUGACCGCGGUGCUGAGAGCUCUGCUGCUCGGGACUCAGAGGGAAACCAGGAACUCUGUCCUCCAUCAGCCACAGAGGUUUGGCCGCGGCUCCAGAGGGCAGAUGAUGUCGGAGGAUCAGAUACAGUCCCGUGACUGGGAGGCUGCCCCCGGCCAGAUCUGGAGUAUGGCCGUGCCCCAGAGAUUCGGCAAGAAAUAAUCUGGCAGCGGGAUCCACGCAUCAAUGUCCUGGCAUAAGGCCAAGCAGCGGGCAACUGUGGAGAGACCAAAUUUGAAUGAAUAAAUCUGAAUUACAUUAUAUUUGUUUUCCAACAUUGUCCCAGCCCAUUUGGCUUUGCUUGAUACGUUCAGUUAAAGAUGACAUGAGAUUCAUUUUAAAUAUUGUUUUCCUUCUUUUUCUCCAACAAAGCAUGUUGACAUUUGAAAUUAGGGUUUCCUGAGCAGACCUCAUUUGUCCUGACUGGAACGUUAUUGAGGACCACAAGUGUUUUGCUGUAAAUUGAUUGCUACGUUUUCUGUUAUUCUUCUGUUCUCUGGUCAAAUAAAAGAGCUUUGAACUCA